CAGAAGGCUCGGGACAGAAAAAGACUGGGGCAGAGAGGGAGAGAAAGAGAGCGAGAGACAGCCUAGAAAAAAGAACCCUUUUUCACUGGGUUCCCUCUUUACAUUGAGCCUUUUGAAAAGGGGGAGUAGGAUGCCCGGAGAACGUUGAGACCAUGAGGCUGCGCUUUGACCGGUGAAGCCCUCGCUGUCCGGGCAGGAAUUGGACGAUGCGUGCCCCGUUGCGCCCCAGAAGCGGCUGCCUGGUACUGUGCCUGUCCGUCUCCCUGCUCAUGCUGCUGCUGCAGGUCAUGUGGGUCCCUCCAGAGACAGCGCGGGAUGCGCCCCCAGGGAGGGGCCCCAGUGACCGGGAGGGCCCUCGGCACAGUGUGCGCAGGCUGGCCCUGCGUCUGGACUCCCUCAGCUCCCAGAUGCAGCGACUGGCCAGAGAGAGAGAAGAGCCUCCAUCUGCACAGCCUGACAUUGUGCACAUCCUGCAAACCUUCAGGCAGGAGCACAGAAACCUGCAGCAGACCAUGGAGAAGGAGUUACUGCACAUGUCCCAGAAACUGGACCAGCUCCUCCAGAGGACCCCUGCAGCCCUGCCCCAUGAACAUGCCUCACACGCAGGUCUCCCUCGGGCGUGUGAAGUACCAGACAAUCCUGAGUUCGCUCUGUGUGCGGGGAAAGUUGAGUUUCUGAGGGCCAGCUGGAGGUCUGACGCCUGCUAUGCCUUCUAUGGUGUGGACGGCUCCACCUGCUCCAUCCUGGCCUACCUGAGCGAGAGAGAGGAUUUCUGCCCGCCUCUUCCUGGCAGGAACCGGACCACUCUGCCCUGGCAUCAACAGCCCAGCGGGCACAAAGAGGAGGCAGUGAUUCAGACGGACUUCAGGCCUCUGUAUGAGUCGAUGGGAAGUGGCCAGGGCCCUGCUGCGAGGUUCAUGCGGUCCAGGAUAGAGGGGCUGGCAGCCAGGUGGAGAGAGGCUGGGGAGAGCAUGAGGCUGAGAAUCCCUCACGGGGCCACACGUCGGCUGAGGGUGCUGCUGUACCCGGGAAUUCUGGCGGGGGGCACUGGCCAGCGUUUCGAGGAGACGCUGGAACGGGGGGGUCCUCUGGGGGAGCUGGUGCAGUGGGCGGACGUGAGCGCUGCCAUCUUUGUCCUGGGGCACAACCUGACCUUCGCCGCCUCCCAGACCCGGCUGCUCAGUCUGAUAGGGGCUGCACCAGGCAGAGGGAGCUGUCCCAUUCUCAGGCCCUUGCCCUUUGACCUCAUCUACACUGACUACCACGGCCUGGCUCAUCUUCAGGGAGCUAUGGGCCUUUCCUUCCAGCACUACCAGUGCCGCUUCCGAAUUCUGGACUCCUUCGGCACGGAACCGGCCUUCAACAUCAGAGAAUACGCACGUCGCCGUGGCUACAGCACAGCAUGGGGCAGCUGGGGUCUGCAGCCGCUGCAGUACAUGACCAUGUUCCCACACACUCCUGAUAACUCCUUCAUGGGGUUUGUGAGCGAGGUGGUGGGGAGUGGAUGGGAGGUGAGCACGAAGGAACACAGGAAGGAAGACAUGGCCGUGGUCUACGGGAAACAGGAGUACAUGUGGCAGGGGAAGAAGGGAUACCUGGAGGUUAUCGGCAGAGAGCUGGAGCUCCACGCCACCGUGUUCCAGCCCCCGGGCCGCCCCUCUGCGCUGCCCGACUUCAUCAGCAACCACGGCCUGCUGCCCCAGGACCGGCUCCAGCAGCUGCUCCUCAGAGCCAAGCUGUUUGUCGGCCUCGGAUUUCCAUACGAGGGACCCGCGCCGCUGGAGGCCGUUGCCCUGGGCUGCGUGUUCCUCCAGCCGCGCUUUCAGCCCCCGCACUCGGCCGAAAACAGCAACUUCUACCAGGGGAAGCCCACCAGCAGGCAGGUCCACUCCCAGCACCCGUAUGCUGAAGACUUCAUCGGUAAACCCUACGUGUGGACUGUGGACAUGGAUAACAGCACUGAGGUUCGAGAGGCGGUUAGAGCCAUUAUGAGAACGGAAGUGAAGCCCUUCAUCCCCCGUGAGUUUACCUGCGAGGGGAUGCUGGAGAGAGUCUAUGCCUACAUCACUCACCAGGAGUUCUGCGGCGCCUCGCUCCCCGCCUGGCCCCCGGAGGGCGCUCUGUCGGCCCGGCUGGGCGCGCUGGGGCAGUCGUGCGUGGCGGUUUGCCGCCGGGCCUCUCUGGUGUGCGAGCCGGCCCUGUUUCACCACCUCAACCAGCCUGCAGCCUUCAAGAGGCUAGGUCUGGUGUGCGCGAGCACCGAGCGGGAAGUGGACCACCUGUUCCCGUCCUACAACCCCUGGGGGCGCCGCUGCUCCCUGCAGGAGGACCAGCGGCUGUUCAGCUGCGCCGGCGCCCACCCCUCCUACAGCCGCCUGUGCCCGUGCAGGGCCUACCAGCCCGGCCAGGUGGCGCUGUGUCCCCUCUGCCUGUAGGGGGUGUGAUGGAGCAUCGCGCCAGAAAUUUUGAUCACUGAAAGAUCGUCUGAAAGAACAUUCAAGAAUGACAAACUACGGCUGGUCGUGUCCUAACCUACGCGCCUCGUUAAGAGACUCAAACCCCCCGCUACGACCGGCGGAAAAUUCCAGUUCGGUUUAGCUCACCGUAUCGCCCUCACCAGGAACCGCGCUCAGACAGCGAGCUGCCGGAGGGGCCGCGCCGCUUCCUGCGCCUCGCGUGUCCGUUGUGCCGGGCUCGCCGGAGCGUGAAAUUGCUUCGCCGAGAGUGGUUCCUGAAUCGCCGCCGCUCGGUUGCUGCGCGAGCCCUCGCCGAGAAUCCGCCGAGAGUGAAACAUAAAGGAGCCCAUUACCGGCGGUGAGUCACGGGGCCCCGUCUCCUAACCUUUCCGAGGGAGGGAGCAACGGUUUGAUUAAAACAGAUACGGUCGCGAUCCGGCCGA